AUGGCGGAUUUCAAGACUCCAGUUAAGAAAUCAGUGACGCUGGUUGGAAGCGAUAAACGUGAAAUUGCAAUUCCACCUUCGCCCUUCUUAAAUCGCCUGGGCUACGGAACUGGUGUUUCUGUAAUGCAGUUAGUUCGGUCACCUCAAGGAGGACAGAUACGAUCACCAUGGGCUCUCAAAAUGCUGAAUAAACGGGUAAAACCAAAUAAAGUGUACACAGAAAGACUCCAAGCUGAAGCUGAGCUAUUACAGAAAAUGUCCCAUCCAAAUGUUGUGGGGUUCCGAGCAUUUAGUAAUGGAAAGAUUCUUUACCUGGGCAUGGAAGCCUGUGAUUUAUCGCUUGGCGAUAUGAUUGAGAAGAGGGCUGAAGAAGGUGCUGACGCUUUUGCACCAAAAUGCAUUUUAAAGGUUGCAGUUGAUAUUGGACAUGCUCUGGACUAUCUUCACACUAAAAUGAAAAUUUUACAUGGAGACAUGAAGUCAUACAAUAUAUUGGUGAAUGGAGACUUUGUUAUAUGCAAGUUGUGUGAUUUCGGAGUGACAUUACCACUUGAUGAAAAUGGUAUUUUUGACAAUGAUAAAGCUGGGAAAGCUAUUUAUUAUGGUACAGAAGCGUGGAGUGCUCCUGAAGUACUGCAUGGAGGUAUUAUCAGCAACAAGACUGAUGUAUGGUCUUUUGGUCUAACAUUAUGGGAGAUGAUGUCCUUGUUGCCACCCCACACCAACAUAGAAGAGGACUUUGACGAAAGUAUGGGCAGCAUAAAUGACAGUUACAUGGAUAAUGCUUAUGAGAUGUAUGGAACCCGACCAGCUUUACCUGCAACAAUAUCAAUACAAGAGUACAGCGGACCAGUAGCACUAUUUCAAGCAGCCACUGAAAUAAAGGUCGAAGAUAGGCCUUCAGCUGCUGAAUUGGCUGCUGCUGCACAAUCCAUUGCUACUAGUAGCUGA